CUCUUGCAUUAUUGACUGCGAUAACCUUGCUUAUUUUGUUGGUGUACACAGUUGUAGUGGACGCUUCCUUGGCGUUGAGAAUAUCACUGGAGGUCUCCUAAAUUCCACAUCAAUAGUGGGGCCUGUGGGGAACUUCGAGCGACCCGUUUUACCGUUCACUCAUCCUUUCUAUUGGACGACAACAUUCGUUCCUGUGAAGGAGGCUCAUAGGCGUCAAUCCACUGGGCGCACGCAUCUGUGCCACUCUCCCUACCGGACCUUAUACAUUGGUUCCGUGUUCUAACAUCGCGCACCACGACCCCGAUGAGUAUUCAAAGGUAUACAAGGCCUGUCGACGGUACUAUACCUGUUCCCGCUUUGCUCUACGAUGAUGAGGACGGUCUUGCUAGUCAAGACGGUGUAGGCAUCUAUGACGGCACCCAGAAAUCUCCGAAUCACCAGAACGGCACAGUAUACGUUACAAGCCAUCGCAUAUUCUACAUCGAUGCCCUGAAACCUCACUCCCGGUCUUUUGCCUUUGAUCUCUCCCUGGUGUCUCGAACCGAAUACUAUGCAGGGCUCUUUACCUCUUCGUCGAAGGUCACACUCCACAUCAGCCCUCCGGACGCUUCUAGAACAGACCCCAUCAUCGACUCCGGUUUUGCAGGAGACAGCUGGAUCUGUGAAGUCUGCAAUUUUCGCAAUCCUCCUGGCCAGAGCCCAACCACGGCCAAAUGUACACUCUGUGGUGUUCCUCGCGCUAAAUCAUCAAGCUCUUUCUCCGCCUCCGUCUCCGCAUCCUCUCCAAUUCCGUCCAAUACAACGUCAGGGGGCGUUUCUGCGGCAGCAAGCCCACGUCCUUUUUCUGUCGCCGCCACUCUCCUCCAUUCUGCUUCUGUCCCCGUCUCUCCCACACCCACACCUGCGCCAGUGUCUGCGCCCGCGACCAGCGAGAUCGCCUGCCCAGCCUGCACUUUCCUCAAUCACCCGUCUUUGCGAGAAUGCGAGAUCUGUGGCACCGCACUGCCGAAAACAGUGUUGGUGCCUGGUUCCAGUCUCUUCCUGAAGUCCGCCCCUGUGUCGAGACCUGUAUCUCCAGCAGGGCAGUUGCAGGAGGGUGAAGAUAGUAAGAUGUUAAAGUUGAGCUUUAGGAAAGGAGGAGACAAGGUUCUAUACGCGGUCCUGAAGCGCAGUCUGCUGGGGAAAGCGUGGGAGACGAAAGACGCUGGCGCGGCAUCGACGAGUACGAAUGGGGCAGAACGCUCGGGAAUCCAUGGUCUACUCCGUACGGUCGAGACAUCCGCCAAGGCUCGCCAGACCGACAUGGACGACGCACUGCAGGAUUUAGAAGCGUUGAUGAUCAAGGCCCGCGACAUGGUCAAAUUGGCCGGCGACCUUAACGAGAGACUGACAGCCACAUCAUCACUCGCCUCGAACCCAUAUUCUUCAUCUGCACUAUCCUCCACGUCUACGACGGAUGGGAUCUCACCUGAGCAAACGACCUCCUUCUCCUCGUCGGCAACGCUAAUACCGUCCACGGAGCCAGAAGAGGCUACAUUCAUUCGCUCUUCACUCGCUCAGCUAGGCUUGCAAAUGCAGAAUACACCAGUCACGCUCGACAUGAUUCGCGAUGAAAAGAGAUGGCACGAGGAAUUGGCGAGGGAGCUCUCUGGCGUUUUGCAAGGUACCGGAGGUAAAGGUGGCGCGACGGGUAUCAUGGGCGAGAGAGGAAUCAUCGGUCUCGACGAAGUAUGGGGAAGCUGGAAUCGUGCUCGCGGUAUCGCUCUCGUGCCACCGUCGACUUUUCUCCAGGUCAUUCCUCACCUUCCUCAACAUACAACCCCAUCCAUCCACAUGCGGACCUUCCACUCCACCGGUCUCAGCGUCCUCCACACCCCAACCUACUCGCCCUCCAUAUUCAUCGAGCGUCUGUCCUCCAUGAUCACGGAGAAAGGACCACGCACGUCCCUGGAGGUCGCCUGGGCUGAGAAUGUACCUGUAGGUUUGGUGACGGAGAUGAUUGGCGAAGCAGAGCUUGAUGGGAAAUUCUGUAGAGACGAAGUGCAAGGGAAAAUUGGCGUCUCCCCUACCGCAGCUGGUGGUGGGACAGGUGGCGGUGGCGGUGGGGAGUUGAGGUGGUGGUUGAACGUGUUCUCGGGAUAUGUGUGGGAUGGUCAGGAAUGAGAGCCUCCCGGCUUGUCCUGUGUGCUCUAAUGCUACAAUAAACGGGCGUAGGAGUCGGACCAAUUGGUCCGUUUGCUCUAAGCCUUAGAAGUCGGGGUCAGGGCGAAUGUACGAGAUGGAAGAAGGGCUUUAGAAAAGAACGAUGAUGGUGGGGGUCUAGGAUCUGCCGAGGAAUUGUUGUAGGAUCAAUAGAGAAGCGAUUGUGAGUUCACAUGUUAUAUUUUGAACAUGAUUAUUACUGUUAGAUGCAUAUGGUAAGAAAUCCAGGACGUCGGACUCUGGCGUAAUUACAGUGCAUGAUAUUGUUCUUUGCGCUCAGAGGCAAAUCCCAUUGGAUUGUGCCGGAGCAGAAUGUAAGCCGUGUUAAC